AAAACCCAGCUGGUAAUAAAUGGCAAUAUUCCGUCUUUAAUUGAAGCACCAAAAUAAAGAAACGGCGUCUUGAUUGUAGUCUUGUAGAGAACAAGUGAAGUCGCUGGCAUGGACUCACAACAAGAUGCCAUUCCUCCUCCACUAUAUAAAAUCCCAUCACCCCAAAGCCUACGCUGCCCUCAAGGAUCUCCGCUCCUUCCUAUCAACUCUUCUAAUGGCAGACACUUCCUCCUCCUCCGCCGAUCCUCCGCCGCCUUUUGAUCCGCUAAAGCCGGCUCCUCCUGUCUCCUACCCGCUGCAGACGCUCGAGGAAUUGGAGUCCCGAGCUUAUUUCAAAUCCUUCCAUUACCCCUUCAACAAGGCCGCCGUGAAGCUGCCGGCCUCCACCGCCGGCUUGCCCAAGCGCCCGCGGACUCUGGUCUGCCAUGACAUGGCGGGAGGCUACACGGACGACAAACUCGUGCAGGGCGGGGCCAACGCCGAAGCAUUUGCGAUAUGGCAUUGGUAUUUGAUCGAUGUUUUUGUUUACUUCUCGCAUAAUUUGGUGACGCUGCCGCCGCCGUGCUGGACCAAUACUGCUCAUCGACACGGUGUUAAGGUAUUAGGGACUUUUAUCAUGGAAUGGGAUGAAGGGAAAAUACGUGCUGAUAAACUAUUAGCGUCAAAGGAUUCUCUUCGAAUGUAUGCUGACCGAUUGACGGAGCUUGCUGUUGCUCUAGGCUUUGAUGGUUGGCUGCUCAAUAUGGAAGUCACUUUGGAUCCUGGACAAAUCCCUAACCUGAAAGAAUUUGUCAGCUAUUUAAGCCUGACCAUGCACUCCUCGCUACCUGGGUCUUUGGUUAUAUGGUAUGACAGUGUCACUGUUGAUGGUGAACUUAUCUGGCAGAAUCAAUUAAAUGACAAAAACAAGCCAUUCUUUGACUUAUGUGAUGGCAUAUUUGUGAACUAUUCAUGGGAGGAAGAUUAUCCUAAGCUGUCAGCUAAAGUUGCCGCUGACAGAAAUCUUGAUGUUUACAUGGGCAUUGAUGUCUUUGGAAGGAGCACAUAUGGUGGUGGACAAUGGACUACGAAUGUUGCCCUUGAUGUAAUAAAGAAGGGUGAUGUUUCAGCAGCCAUAUUUGCACCUGGAUGGGUCUAUGAGACUCAACAACCACCUGACUUUCAAACUGCUCAAAAUCGAUGGUGGGGACUGGUUGAAAAAUCAUGGGGAAUUGUACGGAACUACCCAAAAGUGCUUCCGUUCUACUCAAAUUUCGAUCAGGGUCAUGGUUACCACAUAUAUAGUGACGGGAAGCAAAUUUACAGCAAUCAAUGGAACAACCUUUCGUCUCAAAGCUUUCAGCCGUUCAUUAAGUACUCUGGAGAAUCUAACACUGAGCCAAUCAAAGUUUCCAUUGAUUUCAAAGGAGCAUCUUAUAGCGGGGGAGGAAGCAUCACAUUUGUAGGAACUCUCGAUGAUAAAGCUGAAUUUACAGCACGUCUCUUUCAUGCAGAGCUACCUUUGGGGAACUCACCAGUACACUUCACGUAUUCCGUCAAAUCAAAUGGGAACUCUCUCUUAAGUCUUGCUCUUAUUUUCUCUUCUGCCACCGGCGAGAAGAAGUCAGUACUUGUUGCUGCAUCAGGAAAUACCUUGCUAACCAUGACCCGGUUCUCCAGCCGUUUCACUAGUGUUGUAAUGCCACGACGAGUUACCAAGCUGGAGCAACAACCCGGAUGGACCAUACAAGAAAUGAGCAUCAACAUGGCCGGACACAUAUUAACAGAAAUUCGGGCCCUAUGCUACAGACCAAAGCCAGAAAGGUCUUCUGCCGCUCUUGCUGAUGGCACACUUUCUCAGGCUCCAUCAGACUACUAUGCAGUACUCGGAGACCUUAAGAUCGCUGCAGAUGGUGAGAAUAUGAAGCUCCCUCCCUCUGAUUCGUGGAACGUUGUUAGCAGAUUCAUGAGUUGGACUGCGGGUUCACAAGGGUCCAAGACCCUCAGUGUCGAAAUCGAUUGGCAACUCAAAGCUGGUUAUGCCGAUCUUUCCCUCAAGUACAACGUAUUUGUUGAGAAGCUUGAUAGCCAGAGUCGACUAUCUCAAGUAGCUCACGAGUAUCUUGGUGAGGCGUUCGUGCAAUCCUUUUACAUUUCCGAUCUCCAAGUUCCUUCGGGCAUUUCUUCCCUCAAGUUCAUAAUUCAGGUGUGUGGACUUGAUGGCACUUCUCAAAAGCUUGAGGAUGCUCCGUUUCUCCAACUCAAAGUUGAGGCUUCAUAAAUCUAAAUUAUUCUCACAUUCCUUAUUUACCAUUUUUUAUUACAAUAAGAGAACAAUAUAUAUAAACCUAUAUAUGUUGUAACAUUAUAAGAUAGAACUAUUCAGUUACAUAUCGAAUUGUAACAUUAUAAUUAGAGCUAGUAAAAUGGAUUCGAGCAACUUUUUAUUUA